GUUGGCUAGGAGCGUGCUAUGAGGUGAAGUUCAUUUUUAAGAGUGUACGACCUACAUGAUAGGCGCGCUCGUUGCUGUUCCCAUUAUGGGUGUCGCAGCAGACCGCUACGGCCGCAGACCAGUCAUCUGUUGCGCUGUCAUCAUUCUGCAAUUCGCCGCCCUGGGAAGCUGCUUUGCCACCAACUUUGCAGCCUUCAUCUUUGUCCGAUGCGUCGUCUCUGGUUGCGUGAGCGUAACUCAAGUUACACUCUUCAUCCUGAUGUUCGAAGUGACGUCAAUGGAGCACCGAACAUUCUACGGCACAGCGGCUAUCGCCCUCAACAUCCUAUUCGCGAGAAUACUACUGGGGGUGCUGCGUGUUUUAGGACUGGAUUGGCAGACAGUCAUGCUCGUCUUCAUGGGCAUAACAACGACGCUCAGCGGUGUAUUUUGCUUCAUCGAAGAAUCACCUCGUUGGCUGAUAACGACGUAUAACUUCGAGCGCGCCGAGCAGUCGCUGUCGUGGGCGGCCAGCGUCAACGGUCAACCGCUGGAUGCAGUUCGUAAGGGUUACGAGGAGAUAACAAAAAAACUGCCGAAGCAAGCUGAGACUAAUCCUGCGGGAAUAGUAGUCCUGUUCAAGUCCAGGCCAAUGCUAGUACGUUCCAGCAUACUGUUCACCGUUUGGUUCACCGUAAUGUUCUCGUACUACGGAUUAUCCUUCCUCUUCGAAGUCCAGCGUUGGGUCCUUGUGGUGAACGUCUUCGACCUUUGCCCUCUUGCCGCGACGACGCACUACGCAAUGUGCAAAGCAGGGAGGAAAGCUACGCUUAACGUCAUCUUCCUGGUGCUUGGGACAUGCAGCGCUUUGCUGGCAUUGACUUCAUUUCUGGAACACGCGUUCGUAAAUACGAUGCUUCUGAUUCUGGCAAAAGAAGCGGCAUUGCUGUCCGGUCUCGUCUGCUUCCUUUACACAGCCGAGCUCUUUCCCACUGUGUUACGCAGCAUUGGAGUGUGCUGUGGUUACACGUUCGGGCGUGUGGGUGCAGCAACUGCAUCGGCUCUCUCUUUAGAACAGUCAGUGGCAAUCAAUUUGGCUAUCCUUACCUCCCUGGUGGCUGUGUCCAUUCUGCUGUUGACGAAACUGCCGGAAACCCUCUCGAAACCACUCUCUAACACCUUGAAGGAUGUUGAAGGCGCCGUGCAAGAAGGUGCCGGUAAUCAAAAGGAAAACGACGUGAAGGAGUCUCCGAACGAGCCCGUAGCACGUGUCGAACAACGUGAAGAGAGCCCUCAAGUGCAGACUCCGAAAUCCCCCGAACACAAGCGUGCAUCGAAGCACAGAAAGAAGACUCGGCGUUCUCCAAUGUCCCCGUCGUCACCUUUAUAGGUGGACCCAAAAUAAUUUAGCUGUACAUUUAGCUUUGAAGUACGCGUGAAGGACAUAUCUAUGCGUCUUCUGAGUUGUCUAUUCCAUUAGCAACCACAUUAAACAUGCAUUUAUUUGAUACAAAUACA